AGCGUCCCGUUAAGAGGGGGAGCGGAGGGCGAAAGCGGGAAUAACCCCGCCGCGUGCCUCAGCCUGGCGGGGAGAGGGGCCCGGCUGAGGGAGGCGCUCCGCGGAGCCGGCUGCAGCGGCCGGGGUUUCUCGGUGAAAACUCGUCCUGUGCCCUUCUGGGAUCCCUCGUUUAGUGCUGCCAGACCAGUGUGUCCUGUAUAUACGCUCCAGCAGUGAUCACACAGAGCUGACAAACUUAAACUGGAGGAGGAAAGAUGAUGUCCUUGGAUGGACCGCAGAAGACAGUCAGUAACCCGACCAUUCCGUAUGUUGGGACGAUACGUGGUGGCCUUGUUCCUGGAGAGCUGAUUGUGAUACAUGGGACUGUUCCUGAUGAUGCAGACAGGUUUCAGGUGGAUUUACAGUGUGGCAGCAGUGUAAAGCCUCGAGCCGAUGUGGCGUUUCAUUUCAACCCUCGCUUCAAAAGGUCCGGCUGCGUUGUUUGCAACACACUGGAAAGGGAAAAAUGGGGCUGGGAGGAGAUCACUUAUGAGAUGCCCUUUCAAAAAGGGAAGUCAUUUGAGAUUGUCAUCAUGAUUUUAAAGGAUAAAUUUCAGGUGACUGUAGACAAGAAGCACUUGCUGCUCUACAACCACAGAAUUAGCCUUGAAAGAAUAGAUACUCUUGGAAUAUAUGGCAAAGUGCAGAUCAAAACUAUAGAUUUUGUUUCUAAUUCUUUACAAGGCUCUCAGCCAUCACCUCUAGGAGUAACAAAGAUAAACACAGAAAAUGGAGAAAUGCCAGAUGGUUCACAAUUUGGAGUUCCUUACUUUGGGAGACUUGAUACUGCACUUCGUCCAGGAUGCACAGUUGUCAUUAAAGGAGAAGUGAAUAAAAACGCAAAAAGCUUUGCAAUAAAUCUGAAAUCAAGUGACUCAAAGGACAUUGCAUUACAUCUGAAUCCUCGAGUGAAAAAUAAAGUUUUUGUAAGAAACUCAUACCUUCAUGACAGCUGGGGAGAAGAAGAAAGGGAAAUUGCCAACUUCCCUUUCAGUCCAGGGAUGUACUUUGAGCUGAUCAUUUUCUGUGAUGCCCACCAGUUCAAGGUUGCUGUUAAUGGUGUUCACACGCUGGAAUAUAAGCAUCGAUUUAAACAGCUGGGAACGAUCAACAUAGUGGAAGUCACGGGGGAUGUUCAGUUGUUAGAUGUGAGGAGCUGGUAGUUCUUUUCGAUCGGUACUAAAUGAAUGAAACCUCUCCUACUGACAGUGCCUCCUUUGUCAAAUACAAGCAGGCACUGACUCAUACUCAGCCUGCCUUUAUCUAUCUAGGCUUCUGUGUCUGCUGCUCUGAGCUAGGUGGGUACCAGAACUGCUAACUGCGAGGUUAAAUCCUCUAGUUUACAGUAUUGUGGCAAGCUAAAUAAGUGUUUGCUGAGAUAAGUCUCCCAUACUACUGAACCUAGCAAUAUGGAAACGCUGUGUCAUACUGUGUCUGACAACUGCACUCAGUAUGUUUAAGUUCAACUACUCAUCAGCAUUCCUUGAUAGCAUACAUUCAAUAUUGUGAAGUGGAAACAAGACUGAAAUAGGCUCUGAAGAUAUGGUUAACUACCCCAAAAGUGACACUGAUAAUUAAUUUAAAAUAGGAUUAUGAAAUAUAUUCUUCUGCUUCCUAGUGUAUAUUAGGAGCUCUAAUCUUUUUCCUGAGGCUGGAUUAAGCAAACAGUUGACCUAUCAGUUUUAGCAAAAGUCAAGGAGGAAUUUGAUCUUCAUAGCCUGCUGCUGGAGCAGUAGCUUCUCUGACACUCAUGUCACCUCCUGCUUAUAAGUAAGUGGAUUAAAUCAAACAUACAAUAGCACUUCUAUCUUUCCAAAGUGAAACAAAGGGAAAUGAUUUAGCUCAUUCCAAUUGCAUGAACCUUUGAAAACUUGCUUGAUCUGAAAUGGCUCUUACCUGAGUUGAGAUUGCUUGGAGACUGAAGCAGAUGUUUUUCAUUUUUAAAAAUGUGUGAACCUGGGUAUUCCAACUGAGACGAGACUUGGAUACUCAUCAGUGGAGUAGAGAAUGAAUCCUUUUUCAGUCUUGCAUUAAAAUACUAUCUAUCUGAAACAAGCUACUCCUAUUCCAUGUUUUCUGUACAAAUGUCAGUCUUAAUUUUUAUACUAUUUUUAAAAGUUGCUACUGGCUGUCCAUGCAUGCCUGAGGGAUAUUCCUCUUUAUCUUAACAGCUGCUAAAAGUGAAGCAAUUUCAAGAAUAAGAUGUGUCCUAAAAGACUGUUUGAGAUAAAUUACCACACUGAAUGUUUAAAAAGCAUAAAUAAAAUUAUCUAUGAACUCUGCUUUUCUUCAA